AUGUCCACUCCUGCCGCUUCUCUCCCUCGGUCUGAACACGAGCCUCUGGCUACCGAACGGAAUCCCAUCUCGGACGCCACCCUCACCAUCCGUGUCAUCAAAAGCUUCGAGUUCAGAACCCAGAAGAGUCUGGUGCUCCAGCAUCUUGAUUUGAGGACCCUGACAGUCGGCGCUCUUAUGGAGCAGGUCAGAGAGCAGGCCAAAACAGCCCCCGGAUUCAAGGCCUACCGGGCACUUGUACUUGACACACUCAAGCUUUACACGGUUGCCCACGGGCACAAGACCACCAAUCUCAUCAUCAAUUUGGACCACGAAGACUGGAUCCUCAGUGAUUUGGAAAAGACGCUGGCAGACAUUGGCGCUCAAAACGAAACGGAGUUGUCUUUCUUCAACAGAGAAGCAUACGAGAAGUUUAAGGCGGAUCCCGAGAUCAAAUGGGACUAG